AUGGCCCUGAUAUCAUCCACCACAAUCAUAACCUCCAUCUCCCUCUUCCACCUCACCCUCGCCUACUUCUUCCUCUUCCGCCCCAAGACCAUCGAAGACCAGGCCCUUGUCUUUGUCCUAGGCGAAAGCAUGAACAUUCCCGCCGUCCGAGGCUUCGACGUGCCCAGCCCCGCCCUCGCCCUCCUCGCCGUCAUCCUCGCCUUCUCCGGCAUAAGCGACCUCGUCUCGCUCUCCAUGCCCGAAGAGUUCAGCGCGCUCUACUACUGGGGCACGCAAGCCCCCCUCCGCUUCUUCCUCUCCAUGGUCAUGGUCGCGUACACCUACAUCUUUGGCUCCAAAUCGCCCAUCUUCUCUUCCUCAUCAACAUCAUCAUCAUCGUCAUCGCGCCGUCCAGCGGGGGCCUUUGGCAAACACUCUGCUUCUGGCGCGGAUCAUUUGCACAACAGACUGCUCUUCUCAUUCAUGUUCAUCGAGAUGAUGGCCUGGUUCUGGACGUGGAUUACGCUCCGCGAAGAGCGCUCGGCUAUCGUCGAGAGGAUGAGGAAGCAGCACGAGCGGGAGGCCCAUAGCCACUAA